UCCCCCGUCUCCCGGGUGGUGUACAACGGAAAGCGGAGCGGCGGCCCGCGCUCCCCCGGCGCUGGCAGCGAGAUCUUCACGCCGGCCCACGAGGAGAACGUGCGCUUCAUCUACGAGGCCUGGCAGUGCGUGGAGCGCGAUCUGCGCAGCCAGAUGGGCUCCGAGCGCGGCCUGGUCGAGGAGUACGUGGAGAAGAUGCCGAACCCCAGCUUGAAAGCGUUUAAACCGGUCGACCUGGGUGAUCUGAAGAGGAGGAACACACAGGAUGCAAAGAAGUCUUAAAGUGGGUCCUCCCUGCGGAUCGGCUGCUCUCCUGAGAUACGCACCCUUGGAAGAGACCUGGCCACCAGCUCAACCUGGGUGGCUGUAGGUGGUAGAACCACGCCUGGGGCGCUUCCGUAAGCCACUCACAACUGGCACUGCGUGGAUGGUUCCUGCAUCCUUGCCUGAGCCAGAGAGAGUGACUGUGUCAGCUUCGCCCACCUGAGCUGCUGGGCUGCUCCGUGGGGAGGGAUGGCAGCCCCUGCCCGCCUGUGCUGCGAGCUGGCGGGGAUGGGGCUGUCAGGCCUGCCCAGAACCAGUGGCUGUGGGGAGGGCUGCAGGGACUUGGGGCUGCCAAUACCUUUCCUUUGUUGAGUCCUUGAGUUGUACUGUACCCUUUCCUUUCUGUGGUAUGUCACUUGAGGAGUGUUGUAAAUAAACUCUGGUGUCCUUUUGGG